CAUUGCCUUUCAGUUACAGCUACAUGACAGAAUGUAUUACUGAUACCAGAUUAAUUAGCGAGAUGAGGCAAAACAAAAACACGGUUGACCACGUCUAGCCGGGAUCCUGUUGGUUUGGUCAGACUCAGAGAGAUGGUUUGAUUUGAUUUGGUGUCCGUCCCUCACCUCUUGCAGUCUUGCUUGCUUGUCGUCUCCAUCCGUGCAUCGUCUUCCUCCUCUACCUCCUCUCUUCUCCUUCGGCUGGGUUUGGGUUAACAAAGGCAGAGGGACCAGCGGCAGCGAAGGUCAAUUGCAUCGCAUCGGAUCAGAUCUCGACUCAAUUCCCGCGGUUAAUCCACAUAUCGACUCAAUUCCCGCGGUUAAUCCACCGCCAACACCUAAGUUAAAACCACGGCGGCGGAGGCAUCGGCCAUGCUGGCGCGUGUGGCUGCGGAGAUAGCCGCGCUCCCGGAGCCGCGCGGGCCCAUGCGCCGCCUCUGCGGGGACCUCGCGCGCCGCAUCCGCCUCCUCGCGCCCCUACUCCAGCACCUCCAAGACAGGGACCUGGACGACGCCUUGCGUCUCGCAGACGCGCUGGGGGCCGCGCGCGACCUCCUCCGCGCAGUUCACGACGGCAGCAAGAUCUACCAGGCCAUGCAAGGGGAUGCCGUGCUCCAACGCUUUGCAACUGUCAACAGCCACAUUCACUUGGCCUUGGAUGCCUUGCCGUACAAGACCUUCGACUUGCCUGAAGAAGUGCUGGAGCAGGUCGAUCUUGUGCAUUCUCAGUUCAAAAGGGCUGCAACCACAGCUGCUCCACCAGAUGCACAGCUGUCAAAGGACAUAUGCUUUGCUCUUGCUGACAAGGCCUUUGACCCUCGGGUCCUCACGAGGAUCUCUGAUAAGCUGCAACUGCACAGCAUGGCCGAUAUCAAGAAAGAAUCCCUCGCCCUGCAUGAGAUGGUCAUCUCCAGCGGCGGCGAACCUGAUGCCUGCGUCGACGAGAUGUCCUCCUUGCUCAAGAAGCUUAAAGACUGCGUCGUCACUGAAGCCCCCACCACAGAGACGCCCAACGCCCAGUCUACCUCCAUAAAGCAUACAUCUCCUAUCAUCCCUGAUGAAUUCAGAUGCCCGAUAUCCCUCGAGCUCAUGCAAGACCCUGUCAUCGUUUCCAGCGGGCAGACAUACGAGCGAUCUGGCAUCCAGAAAUGGCUUGAUUCUGGACACAAGACAUGCCCUAAGACGCAGCAGCUCCUCUCCCAUACAUCACUGACACCAAACUUUGUCCUAAAAAGCUUAAUAGCUCAGUGGUGUGAGGCCAACGGCAUUGAGCUUCCUAAGAACAAGGCAAACUCGCGAGAUAAGAAAGCAGCAAAAAGCUCUGACUAUGACCAUGCUGGUUUAGUAUCCCUAAUGAACAGGCUGAGGAGUGGGAGCCAAGAUGAGCAACGUGCAGCUGCUGGUGAGAUCCGUUUGCUUGCAAAGAGAAAUGUCAACAACCGGAUAUGCAUUGCUGAUGCAGGAGCUAUCCCCUUGCUAGUCAAUCUGCUUUCCUCUACAGAUCCAAGAACGCAGGAACAUGCUGUCACAGCGCUCCUUAACCUCUCCAUCCAUGAGAACAACAAGGCAAGCAUUGUAAGCUCUCAUGCUAUCCCUAAGAUUGUGGAAGUGCUCAAAACUGGGAGCAUGGAGGCUAGAGAGAAUGCAGCAGCCACACUGUUUAGCUUGUCAGUUGUAGAUGAAAACAAGGUUACAAUUGGUGGCGCUGGUGCAAUACCUCCACUCAUUAAUCUCCUGUGCGAUGGGAGCCCAAGAGGCAAGAAAGAUGCUGCAACGGCAAUUUUUAAUCUGUGCAUAUACCAGGGAAAUAAGAUUCGAGCAGUGAAAGCUGGAAUCGUCAUCCAUCUGAUGAACUUCUUGGUGGAUCCUACUGGCGGAAUGAUCGAUGAGGCACUCACUCUUUUGGCUAUUCUUGCGGGUAACCCUGAAGCCAAGGCUGUAAUUUCGCAAUCGGAUCCCAUCCCACCACUUGUCGAGGUCAUUAAAACUGGGUCUCCUCGCAACAGAGAGAAUGCUGCAGCCAUUCUAUGGUCACUUUGUUGCACUGAUAUUGACCAAACGAGGGCUGCAAAAGCUGCUGGAGCGGAGGAUGCACUCAAGGAACUGUCAGAUUCUGGCACAGAACGUGCAAAGAGAAAAGCUUCUAGCAUUCUGGAACUCAUGCGGCAAGCUGAAGAAGCAUGAAGCUGACCGUAGUAGAUUUGCGAGGUUGUGGUUUUGUUAUAUUGUACUCUUAGACACUAAAUGUUUCUGGAUAGUGUUGGUAUUUGAGAUAUAUCUGUAGGCAGAUGCGUUAAGAAUUUUCUGUAAACAUAUAAAUUGGAUGUAUAAUAAUGAAAGUCAGCCCAAACUUUGUAUGUGAUUCAGCUUGGUGGUUAUCAUUGUUUCAGGUUUCAUGCUUGCAAAUUUCAUUUGGCCUUGCAGAACAUUUCAAUAAGUUUAAGAGAAAGGAAACCAUAAAGUUGCCUGAUGGUUCUGCUCUAUGGUUGGUACUUUUGGUGGCUUCAUGUUGAAAUCCUUAUAAAGACUGCCCAUAUGCAGGGGAUACAAUGAAGGCCUGGGGUUGCAGCAACAAGCCUCUGCCCUGAGCUGAGGAUGGGGCACAUUGCUGAGCCUACCGGCACUGUUGUGAUUGGCUGCAAAGUGCUGCCGAUCUUCACCGAGCAUGGCAUUGUUGACAGUGCAAUGAAGAAGAUGAUGGCGCAUAGGAUUGACGGCAAGAAGGCAGUUGCUCGGGUUAAGGAGCUUCUGAAGCGGGCUGCCCAGGCCAAGCCUCACAGCGUCACUGUCAGUGGAAAGAAAUGGAAGAAGGUUCUGAGCUUCCACGCAAGGGAUAGCGCUGCGGCCACAAAGGGAGGGCGGCAACAGAAGCAGCAGGAAGAGGCGAUAAGCUGCAGCUCGGGCAAGCUGAGCUUCAAGUGGGACGUGGGCAGCUGCUCCUCGGCAUCGUCGGUUGCGUAUUCGCCGCUGUCGUUGAUGUCGGCACCGGCAAAGUCCUCGGAGCAGACGCUGCUGACGCCACUGAGGAAAGACUAUUGCAUGUCAAGGCUGUCGUCCAUAAGCCAGCAGAGUAUGUUGAAGAACAUGGAAGGAGACGAGGAGGAGGAGGAAGCCUGCUGCUGCAGGACGGCGCAGUGGAUCACCACCGAUUCAGACUUUGUGGUGUUGGAACUGUAAACUAAUGGUCAUCAAGACAUCAAUUACACUAGUGUAUCUAUGGUAAGGUCUGUGUCUGUAUCAGAUCAGAUACCCCGACGGACUUCGCUGCAUUACACUUACAGUUGCCCCGGCAUUGCUUCCUAUGUACUCGUAUAUGUAUUAUAUGUGUCUUGAAUACAAUCCUAAGGAUAGGAAAGGUAUUCAUAUAAAUUCUAGUACAUCAAAUGUGACACCAGGGUACCUAAGGUUCCGGUGAUUGAUUGAUCAGGAGAGCAGUGCCGUAGAGUUUGUCUACCAAGGCAUGACACACUAACUCAAUAGAUAACUCUAGAGAGGUUCGGACUGCGUAAAAGCAGUGUACGGGUUUACAAGCCUAGGAGAGAAGAGAUCCUCCUAACCACCUUCUCUACAGCCUUGGAUGAUUUUCUUGUAUUGUGGUUGGUUGUGUGGAUCUAUCUUGAGUGCUGCUCUACCGUCUCCUUUUUUUUAGUUCAAGGAGGUGAUAGUGUUACAUGUAUACCAUUUUUGCGGGCUUGGCUUGUUAUAUCACAUCCGUCGAUCUAUGUGGUGUAUCUUGCUGAGGCGUGCUUCCAAGUAAUCAUACCAUUUUGUUCUUAUA